GUCGCGUUGACUGGCUGUGUGUAACCGCGGGUCACGGGCGCUCGCCUCCCACCACAGCUCAGCCCAGCGCCGCUGAGGCCGUUGGCCCCGAGCCUCCGCCAUGGACUUCGAGGACGAUUACACACACUUUGCUUGCAGAAAUACUUAUCAGAGCUUUAAUGGAAUGGAUCGUGAUUAUGGCCCCGGAUCUUAUGGAGGGAUGGAUCAUGACUAUGGCCAUGGAUCCUGGGGGGGUCCAAGAUCCAUGGACUCCUACCUAAACCAGUCAUAUGGCAUGGACAGUCACAGUGUUGGUGGGGGUAGCAGGUAAAUUGCUUCAUCACUUGGCCAAAUAAUUAGAUGACUGUAAGAUUCUGGAUAUUCUGAUUUCCUAUUCCUUAGGCAUGUGACGCUACUUGAACUUUGCUAUUUAGAAUCACCUUAAAUGUUGAAAGGUGUUAGUGGUUCUAAAAAUUAUCUCAGCAUCACUGGCAGACAUUAGGAAAAUCUCAGGAAAACCUUUAUCAUUUCAUUAUAAUAGAGUAAGAUUUUCUGUCUUUAGCGGUGAGCAUUUUUUUUCCUUCUUUUACCUUUAACUGCUUAUCAAUCAGAAUGUCCUGAACAAAUGAUAUAAAAAUGUUAUUGGAAAUAUUAUUUGUGAAGCUUUUUGUUAUGAAUCUCCAAAAAUCCUUACUACUGUGGGGUACUCUAUAAAGCAGCAAAGCAGUCUUUGACUAG